AUGUUUCCUCGCUCGGGGGAGGAGGCAGAGGAUUUCAGCUGGCGGCUGAAGUUUGUUUCUCUUCCGUACCGCGUUCAGUUCCGUUUCCCAGCUGAGCCCUCCCCUCGGGCGCCCGGCCCAGCCCCGGGGCUGCGGCGCCAUGGCCGGGGCAGAGGCGAUGGCCGGGCUGAGGGAAGAGCUGACCUGUUCCAUCUGCCUGGACAUUUACAAGGACCCCGUGGCCCUGGGCUGCAGGCACAGCUUCUGCAGGGUGUGCGUCAAGCAGGCGCUGCGGUGCCAGCAGAGCCCGGCCCGCUGCCCGCUCUGCCACGCUCUCGCCGGGGAGCUGCAGCCCAACUUCCACCUCCGCAACAUCGUGCAGAAGUUUCUGGACGCUCCCGGGCACCAGGAGGAGCAGGAGCGGGAAGGGCAGUGCGCGGAGAAGGUGGUGCUGUGUGAUUUCUGCCUCCAGGAGCAGCAGCCCGCCGUGAAGACGUGCCUGAGCUGCGAAGCCUCGCUGUGCCAAGCCCACCUGGGCAAGCACAACAGCAAGAACGGCCAGAGCCAUGUGCUGGUGGAGCCCUGCGACGCCCAGGUUCUGGCCGAGAGGAAGUGCCCCAAGCACGGCAAACUGCUGGAGUGCUUCUGUGAGAACGACUGGGACUGCGUCUGCAUCCUGUGCUCCAUCGUCUCCCACAAGAACCACAAGAUCAUCAGUCUGGAGGAGGCUUUCAGCGAAGCGCAGAUAUCUUAUCCUGGAACUCUGGAAACACUAAAAAACCACGAAGCUGCACUGGAUCAAGUCAUAGCAAACCUGCUGAAACAGCUGGAGGAACUAAAGAGUGAGGACAGCCAUCGGAGGGCACAGGUGGAGAACCUUUUCAAGGAAAUGCAUGAGAAGCUUGAGAACAAAAAACGAGAGGUCCUGGCAGUUCUUAAUGACUAUGAAGAGGAACAAAUUAGUCGGAUUCGGGCAGAAAUGAAUAAUCAAAAGAGUGAGAAGGAUUCAGUCAGCCAUGAUGUUCAGGAGCUGGAGGCUCUGAGAUAUCAGAAGGACACUCUUCUUUUCACCAAGGCUUUUGCAGCAAUGAAAGCCAGGCAACGCAAGCCCCUUCCUGGAAUGGAUGGUGUGACGGUGCCAAGGCCACCCAUUAAUGUGGAUAAACCAGCAACAGAUGAUAUUCAGCGUUGUUUCCAGCAGUUCCUCUCAAACGUGGAUCUCUCCUUUAGGCCGCCACCACCUCCACAAUAUGGAGCAAGACCUGGUCCCUUCAUGUUUGGUCAUCGUAGAACACACCAUAAUCCCACGUUUGGAUCUUUUCAGUAGCCUAAUGAAAUACAAAUUCAGUGACAGUCAUAAUGAUAACAAUCAUAGAAAGGAGGGAAGAGAGAGAGAAAACCCAGCCAAAACUAACGAUACACAGCACAAUUGCUCCCCCAUCAUCUGCUCUCUGAUGUCCAGCCACUAUUCCCAAGCAGCAAUUGGCUCCUUCUGGCCAUCUCCCCCAGUUCAUACACUGGACAUGGUGUUCUGUGGUGUGGAAUAUCCCUUUGGCCAGUUUGGGUCAGCAGCCCCAGCUAUGCUCCUUGCCAGCUUUUUGUGCACCUCCUCGCUGCAGAGCACGAGGCAUGGAAAGGUCCUUGGCUCAGGUUAAACACUGCUCAGCAACAGCCAAACCAUCAGCGUGUUAUCAACAUUAUUCCCUACUGAACCCAAACUGUACCAGCUGCUGAGAAGAGAAUGAAUUCUAUCCCAGCACAAACCAGGACAGGACUCCAAUAGUGCCAUCCUAGACAGGGAUGGUGCAGGGCCAGAGCUGCUGGGAGGAGGACACCAGCAAUGGGAGCUGCUGGAAGCUUGGAAUUAUUUGUGCCUGGUUUGAAUGCUGCUUGCAAAUACCUGGCAAUUACCUUUAUGGGUUUCUUGGGUCAAAGACAUCAACGGCAGAAGAAACACUCUGUCUUUUCAUGAUGUGUCUGUCAAGGCUGGACAUCCUGCUAAGAACUUCAGGCUUACAGAGACAGGAACCAUCCCUUUGAAGUAUCCCAUCCAUGCUGCCAGCAGUGUAUUGAAGCUCCUGUAGUGAUGUAGGGACAAGGUGUUGUUUUGUGUUUCCAGGCUGAGAAAUUGUGAGCCUUGCACGGAGGCUAUGCAAAGCUGGCAUAUCAGAAAUUGGGUUGUGGGCUGCUGUGGCAGGGGGUAUAUCACAGCACCCUGCCUCUUCCUGCAAGAGCUCUUAUAUUUGUUCUUUUAAUCAUAAUGGAAAUACCAUUAAGUUGCUUAUUUUUGCUCAUCUGUAUCAAAUACUGUGUUGGCUUCAUGUCAUUAAAAUCAUAUUAUUAACUUGCAAAA